UAAAUCCUCAACAGUUUGACAAUAAUUAAUUGGCGAAUAAUUAGCCACGAAAUGGGAACCCACGGAGCACAUCUGUUUUCUGAAAUUGACAAACUUCGUGUUCAACUGUUGAGAAACGUCCAAGUCGGGUCGGACUGCGAGGGGGCUGAAGGAGAAAUCAGUCACAGGGAAAUUUUGACGCGCAUUGAAGGUGUAAUUCUCGGGAUAGUGACCAGUCUGUCCGAAGAUGAGGCCCCUGUCCUGGCACUGCCCAACAGAUCCAGCUGGGCCAACGUCAAUUUUGACAGCGCCAUCGGGCUUCAGAUGAGUUCAAGGCGUUCUGUCACCGCCGUUAGGAGCGACUGUCCUUCAUCCGUCACUAAAUUUGCUCAAAUCCUCAAGAUCAUGUCGGUCAUCUACAGGCUCGUGCAGAGCGACUCGUAUGCGACAAAAAGGGACAUCUAUUACAAUAACACGCAGCUGUUUGGUUCACAGGCGACUGUUGAUAGUAUCGUAGAUGACAUAUCCUGCAUGCUGAAGAUCCCUCGCAGAUCGCUGCAUGUGUUGGCCACGUCCAAGGGAUUAAUCUCGGGUGAUCUGUGUUAUUUGGAGGAGGACGGCACGAGGAUCGACUGUCACUCCAGCUCUGCUGCUGUUUCAGUUUCGUCAAACAUCGGUGGGAUUAGAAAUAUUGUAUCAUCUGCGAAAUUUGUCAUGAUAGUUGAGAAGGACGCGACCUUCCAGAGGCUGCUGGAUGGCGACUUCUGCGCGAAGCUCUCUCCUUGCAUCAUGAUCACAGGUAAAGGCGUGCCAGAUGUGAACAGCAGGCUGAUGGUGAGAAAGAUUUGGGACGCGCUGCACAUCCCCAUCUUCGCCCUGGUGGAUGCUGACCCUCACGGCAUUGAAAUCAUGUGUAUCUACAAGUACGGAUCAGUGGCGAUGUCGUUUGAGGCCCAGAGUCUGACCGUCCCCAGCGUUAUGUGGCUAGGCCUCCUCCCCUCUGACCUCCAGAGGUUGCGAGUUCCAGAGGAAGCCUUGAUCCCAUUCACCAAGAGAGACGAAAGCAAACUGAACAGCCUCCUCAAAAGGCCGUACCUCACCGGCCAACCUGACUGGCAGAGAGAGAUGGAGCUGAUGCAGCAGAGUAAGGUCAAGGCUGAAAUCCAGUCCCUGGCAGCCAUAGCUCCUGACUUCCUCACCAGCAUCUACCUGCCCAACAAGCUGCGCUAUGGAGGCUGGGUAUGAGCACGAUGCUGACACUUAGUGGGCCAACAUGUGAACUGCUAAAACUCGUUGAACAACAAGAAGAGGGGAUGAAUGUAGCGUCACAUAAAGGACGGAUUAAAAUAUGAAUAUAAGUUUGGUUAGGAAUGUGUGUGUAUUACUGUUGCUAUUCAGGAUCAUAUUAAAAUACCUGAAUUAACACUGACAAGUCAAAACGUGUUUGGUCUUUAUAUUAUUGUUGGAGUUAAUUAUCAGAUGCUUGGAGCUACUAUUCAGAUUCACAUUCAGAAAGUAAUAUCUAUUCUAUCUAUAUUCAAAGUAGCUACUAUGCCAUAAAUGUUUUUACUAUUCAAACUUUCCGUGGAGGGUGUAAACAUGACUGUAUGAGCAAAGUGACUAAAGUGCAAAUGUAAAUAGGAAUUACAGUGAUUAUAUAUGUACAUGUUAUUCCAGAGGUAGUGUGGGUAAUAAAUAUAUAAA